GUUCAAACAGCACUACCAGCCACCAACCUGAGUGAGAGAGAGAAGAAAGAGAUGAAGAGAGUGGGUGGUGAGGCAAUGGCAGUAUGGUCUUCUUGCUCCCAAGUGAAGAAUGGUUGUGUGGAGUGGGUGGAGAAGUACUUUAAGGACUGUGUGUGUAACUUAAGCAGUGAGAUAUCCUUUGGUUUUGGUCUUGUCAGCCUCUUUUGCUGGGCUAUUGCUGAGAUCCCUCAGAUCAUUAGCAACUACCACACCAAAUCUGGUCAUGGAGUCUCUCUGGCUCUCCUUCUCACUUGGGUCAUUGGUGAUGUUUUCAACUUGGUGGGAUGCCUUCUUGAACCAGUCACUUUGCCUACACAGUUCUAUACAGCACUGUUGUACACAUUGACUACAGUGGUGUUGCUGGUGCAAACCAUUUACUAUGAUUACUUCCUUAGAUGGUGGAAAUACAGGGGAUUUGCAGAUAACUCAGAGAAUGAAGAGGAAAAAAGGGUGCCUCUGAAUCCAAAAUCACAAGUAGAUUCAAGUGAACCAGUAGCUGCCAUUCCCUCAGCUAGAUCUAGUCCUCGGAUGGACAUUUACUAUACGUCAGCAAGGUCUCUGGCAAGCAGUCCUACACCUCCAUAUGGAUCAUCAUCUUAUCUUGUGGCUCCAAGAAGUGGUCCAUCUGCAACGCUUGGCCAUGAUUCAUCUUCUGACGAAGAGACCACCUUACCAGCUCAUAGGGCCAGAUCCAAAACCAAGAGAAAUUUUUCACGCUCUGUGGGUUAUGGUACAGUACUCGCUACUUCUGCCAACCUGCCAUUUCAAGCUCAAUCUUUGAUGGUAAAGCACUUGGUUUUCUCUGGAACAACACUCUUGCAGGAAACAGGGCUGCAAGAAAUAGAAUCCAAUUCAUUUGGCCUCUUGUUAGGAUGGAUAAUGGCUGCCAUCUAUAUGGGUGGACGUUUGCCUCAAAUAUACCUCAACAUAAAAAGAGGCAGCGUUGAGGGAUUAAGUCCUCUUAUGUUCUUGUUUGCACUCAUUGCAAAUGCAAGUUAUGUCGGAAGCAUAUUAGUAAGAAGUAUGGAAUGGGAAAGAAUAAAAGCCAAUGCACCAUGGUUAUUGGAUGCCAUUGUUUGUGUAUUGCUUGAUCUAUUUAUAAUUAUACAAUUUGGGUACUAUAAAGUGAUAUGCAGAAGAUCAACAUGCAGUAAAGCAGCACCUACACUUGCCUGAGCGAGUGGGAGAUACAUGUCUUGAUGUUGUGAUGGCUUCCUUUUGAUGCAUUUGAUAAUAAGUGUACCCACUCUUAUCUGCGUAAAUUGAAUUAUGUACAUAUGAGAGUAGUAGUGGGUUUGUAUUUUAGUUCAAUUGGAUUGGAAACUAUAUGUGUUCAAUGUCUUGUGAAACUAUAUUUGUUCGUUUUAAUGGAGUUUAAUUGCAGA